AAAGUAAAAGUGUGCAAGGUGUGUUCAGUUUUUCUUCGGUGAAUCGUUUUGCAUGUGGCCUAAAAAGAAAAAAAUAUGUAAUUUGUUUGUGUAGUCCCCCGUGACCCUGUAAUUAGGACAGAGCGGGUUGGAUGGAUGGACUGUUUGUGUAGUGUUUCUCGAUAUACAAUGUAUUUUUUUUAAUGUCUUGAUAUUUCAGUCGAAAUGACAAUGAUUAUUGUUCACUCUCUUAUAAUGCUGCAGGCACUUUCUGUUACAAAAGGUUUCUCUGUGUCUGGAUCUGAUGAACCUUUAGUGGCUGCUUUGGGUGAGGAUAUUAUUUUGCCUUGCAAUGUGGACACCCCAGUUCCUUUGGAAGAACUGGAGUUGGAGUGGAUUAAGAAAGACAAAUCUUCUCUGGUGCAUUUGUCUAUUGCUGGAGUAGACCAACCUGAAUCUCAGCACAAGAGUUACAGGAACCGAACUCAGAUUUUUAAUGACAAACUGUUAACUGGGGAUUACUCACUGAAGCUAAAGAAGACAGAAGUGCAAGAUGAAGGCAAAUAUAGAUGUGUGGUUCAUUCCAGAAAUCAGUCUGAAGAAGUUAUAGUGGAGCUGAAGUCAGUAGAGCGACUUUUUGUAACAGGUACAAAUGGUCCUCUUUUUGUUUAUGCUGGUGGUGAGAUAGUUUUGAACUGCUUUGUGGAUACACACACCCCUAUUGAGAAGCUUGAAGUUCAGUGGGUAAAAGCUGAAGAUGAAACACUGGUGCAUCUCUUUGUCGAAGGGGAGGAUCAACCGGAAUCUCAAAAUCCGCUCUAUAAGGGCCGAACUGAGCUGUUCAAUGAAUCACUUGCAGAUGGAAAUUUCUCUUUAAAACUGAAGAGUGUGGGCAUGAAAGACAAAGGAAUUUAUAAAUGUAAUGUGCACACUAAUACAGAAUCAGCAGAGACAACUAUUGAGCUUGAUGUAGGCCCUUCUGUGCUGCAUAUCUUUUAUUAUGUUUUCUCUAUUGGCUCUCUUCUGAUUGGACUGGGAACUGUGAUCCAAGCAGGUUGUUAUUUAUUUAGUAAAACACAAAGUAAGAUGGGCUACUACUGUUUCUAUGUAAACAUUUCCAUUCCCCAUAUACUCAUGGCUUUUGCUUUUGUCCUAUUGGGCAUUCUAGAAGAAGGUAAUUGGGCUGAGACUGUGCUAUGUAUAACUACAAAUCUGCUGAGAGUUGUGCUCCUUUUCUUAAUUGUAUCGGAUAAACUGAGAGCACUGGGACUGUGUCAAGGAAUAUGUUUCCGAGAACUUACAAGAAAUGUAUUUGUCAUUAAUAUAAUCAUUAUUGAAACAGUAAUGGUGGCAAGUGUGAUAAGUGAAAUACAAAGAAAGAAAAUACUGAACCUGAAAGAUGAGCUGUUUGUCAUAAUUUGUGUGACAUUUGCUCUUUUCAUUUUGUGCAGUAUUGUUAUCUACACGUUUAGGAUUGUGAAAGUGUUCUUUCAUCGUUCAUUUCUUGUUAUGCGUUGUGUGGAAAAAUUCAAUUUUAAGAACGUUGUGCUUCUUCAUUAUGUACUUCUUUUAAUGUACACAAAUUUUAUAUCAAAUCGCAGCGGCAUUUUAUUCAUUGGUGAGUUUUUUGAUGUUGUUUUAGUCUGUUUUUUUAUUGUUAAAAACAAUUCUAAAGUAAAAAUAGUGAUGGGAAUGCUUUUGACUAUAAAUCAAGUGGUUAUUUGACAAAAAAGAAAAAUAUUUU